AUGGCUAUUGCCCGUUGGUUUUAUGAUGCUUGCAUACCUAUAAAUGCUGUUAACUCUCCAUUUUUUCAAAAAGCUAUUGAUCAAAUAGCAUCAAUGGGUCAUGGGUAUAAAGCUCCAUCUUAUUAUGAUCUGCGAGUGCCUUUGUUGCGAGAAGCUAAGAAAGAUUUGACUUUACUUAUUGAUUCAUUUCGAAGUAUUUGGACUGAAACUGGUUGCACUAUAAUGGGUGAUGGGUGGAAAGAUAGUAGACAAAGACCAUUGAUUAAUUUUUUAGUUUACUGUCCUAAAGGUAUAUCUUUCAUAAAAUCUGUUGAUACAUCUGAUGUUGAGACAAAUGCACAAAAUUUGUGUAAUUUAUUUGCUGAAAUUGUUGAAAUCGUUGGUCCAAGAAAUGCGGAUAUUGGUCAAAUGAAUGAUGUGAAAGCCAUAGUAUCACUUGCUUCAACUGUGACUGUAUUUGUGUAUAACCACAAGUACACUUUAAAUUGGUUGAGAAAGACAAAAGGGUGGAAGGAGAUUAUUCGUCCAGGAGAAACUAGAUUUGCAACUACUUUUAUUGCAUUAAAAAGUUUGCAUGAUCACAAAGAUAGUUUGCAAGCUCUAGUCACCAGUGGAGAUUACAAAAAGUUCUUGAAAAUAGACAAAGGAAAAGAGGUCAAGCAAAUUGUUUUGGAUGAAAAGUUUUGGAAUAAUUGUUUGAUUACAGUGAGGAUUAUGGGCCCACUUAUUCGUCUUUUGCGUGUUUGUGACAUUGAUGAAAGACCUUCUUUGGGUUAUGUCUAUGAGGGCAUGUAUAGGGCAAUUAAUGGCAUCAAGAAGCUCUUAAAAAACAAAGAGAGAUUCUACAAGCCUUAUACUGACAUAAUCAAUGAAAGAUGGGAUAGAAUGUUGAGAAAGAAUCUUCAUGCUGCUGCCUAUUAUUUGAAUCCUGCUUUUCAAUAUGAUCCCACAUUUUCUACCCAUCCAGAGAUCACAAAUGGUUUGUUUGAUUACAUAGAAUCAAAGAGAGUUGGUGGAAGCUCUUUGGUUGUGAUGCUCAAAAUUUACAAAAGCUUGCAAUUAGGAUUUUGGGUCAAACAGCUUCUUCUUCCGGAUGUGAACGAAAUUGGAGUGUUUUUGAGCGGAAAAUUGGGUUGUUACAAUGAGUCCAUUGAUAAGACAGAUUUUUGGGUGGUGGAAGAAACGCCAAUAGGAGAGCUUGAUUAUGAUGAGUUGGAAGAGGGGCUUGAAGAACUUCCAAUACCUCUGGAAAGUUCGAAUUUUCAACAAUUUGAAGCUGAUGGAGAUGAAGCUGAGCCCGAGGAUGUUAAUUUGGACUUAUUUCAACAUAGAAGUGUUCUUGUUGAUGAAGAUGAUUGGAUAUGA